CGAAUAAUGAAUGAUCGACUUACCCACAAAGUGUUCACGUACGAGCUAACAAGGAUUUGGUACCCGCCUGUGUAUUGAAAUAAACAUGAGUUCUGCCAAGGAUAUUCCUCAAACUCAGGCUAUGAACAAUGCGGUGAUAUCGGGCUCGCCCAGCAAUCACCAUCACUUCCUGAUCCCCAGCCCCAUACCCACCCGCAGAACCAGGACCUUCUCACAGUCUGAGAGAGCCAAAGAAGGACCAACCUUUAAGGGUAAGGUGAGGGAGUUCUGCCGACAGAAAGGACAUGGCUUUAUCAUCCCAGAUCAUGAGAAGAACCCCAUCUUUGUUCACAUCUCAGACAUUGAGGGUGAGUAUGUGCCCAAGGCAGGGGACGAGGUGACUUACAAGGUCAUUCUGAUUCCUCCCAAGAUGGAGAAGAGGCAGGCCGUGCAUGUCAAAAUCACCCACCUGGCACCCGGUGUCUCCCACGAGAAAUGGGACUCCACCCCCGAUCUGGAAGCUCACUAGGAGCAUCCUCGUCUGAGCGAGCGAACCCUCCAGCACUGAAUGAUAACAGUAAUGACUUCAUUAUAAUGUUACCUGCAGCAUUGACUGAAGUGUUAUAUAUUGUUGAACCUCUACAUUGAAAUCACAACUAUUCUUUACUGUGCACCUUAUUAGCCAACGCAUAAUGAAAAUUGGUCUUUCUUGUCUGUUUUUUUUUUUUCAAUUUUUUUUUUUUUUUGGGGGGGGGGGGGUUAUUUUUUGGCAGAAUUUUACAACCUGUAAUAUAUAUUAAUCUGGUCUUAGUAUUAUUAUAGAACACUAAUGUUGCACUCAGAGUUGUAUGUAAGAUAGCUAGACUCUGUAAUUAUUGCCUGUUUUUAGCUUCAUAUAAUUUAUAAACAUGAUAAUUUUACAUGCUCAUGUAACAUUUACUCAUUUGGACAGAACUCAUAGACAACUGGUAGAUUAACAUUGUAUAUCUAAUCUUACUUUUUUUGUCAUUUUUUUCUCAUUUCAGGUUUAUGUCAAAAUUUGUCAUUAUUUUUUUUUAAUGAUUCAGAAGAUGAUACAGCAAUUUAGGCAUUUACAGACAACAAGUGCAUUUAAAGAAUUUGAUUUGCUUGACCAAAACAUUUGUGAUAAUUUGUCUAUUACCUUUUUAUAUUUUUUCCCUGCUCUUCCACUGAGUUAUUGUAUUUAUUGUUUUGGUUGUAAAUUUAUUAAAACAAAAUUCAAUUAUUCAAGUAAAUAUAGUAAAGUGUUUUGUUACGUUGUCUUUUAUCUGUCCCUGGCUUAUGGUAAAAAAAAAAAAAAUUUUUAAAUGAAAAGAAAGAAAAUUGUGAAUAAAAACGUAAAUAGCCUAUGUUUGAAUUCCUGAAAAAAUGUGUAAACUUUAUCAAAACAGAGGCAAUUGAUCUAUUACUGGUAUAUUAGACUUUGAAAUUGAAUCAUUUUUUAUCAGUGUACGAUUGAAGUGUGCGUUAUUUAUUGAAAAGUUUGAGGGGGUUUUUCAUAAUCAUUGAAAUUCUAACUAGUAUUAUACUGGUCAUGUUUAUUUGUGCCAUGUGCCUUUUGAAAUGUUAAUAUCAUUCGUAUCAAGAUUUUUUAAGCGUUAAACAAUGUUUGGCCAAUAAAUGCAAAUGAUGAAUAUAUCUGUUAGAUUAAAUUACUAUGAAACGCAUAUAUGAAGAAAGAAUCGUACUUUUGACCUUGAUUUUUAUUUUUUUUGUUAAGUUUAUUAUCAGUGUUAAUAUUAAUAGAUUUUUUUCUUGCUUUUCCAGAAUAUAAAGCUUUAUUUUCAAAUUCUUGCUAAAAAAAAUGUUUGUAUACUACUCAAAUAAUGUAGAUAAUUUGAAUAAUGUUUAAUGCAUUGUAAUUUGAAAUAAACACAUACCCAGUAGUAAAUAAUGAAUAUUCAAAUGGCUAUUUUUGUGUAUACAAGAUGAUGUUGUGUAUUUCUUAGAUGUCUAGGUGUAAUUUUGAAUUAGAAUUCAGUCGAUGAAUUGAUUUUUAUGAAACAGUGUCUUCAACUUGUGCUUAAGAUUUGUUGAGGUUUGUCAGUUUGAAGGAUAAUAUUUUCAACAACAACAAAAAAAACAUGUUAAUUAAAAACAUAGUGCUGGAAAACCAUCAAGUUUGGAAAUGAAGUUCUGAGUAGUAUAGACAUUUUAGGUUUGUACACGGUACUCUAAUAAUGUAAACCAACUUUUAUUUGCGUGCGAGAUUUUAUUUAUCACUGCGAACCAGUUCUCAUAUAUUUCGAGUUUUUUUUUUUUUUUUUAGAUAAUCUGCAUCUUCAUCACGAAAAUGAAGUUGCUGCGAACCGGUUUAUUUCUUAUAGAUCGCGAAAUUAACUUGCAAUGAACCAGUUUAUCUCCGAUAAAUUGCAAAGAAAAGUUGGUUUACACAACCUUAUGCUCUAUUCUUAUAUUAUGUGUAGUAAUCGUAGAGUUACUGUUCUUGUUUUUUUUUUGUCUGUUAAUCACAUUUUGAGGUAUAAAAUUUAUCAUAUUGAAAUUAAAAUUAGAGAUCAAUGCAUGAAGUUUUAUUUUUUAUUUAUAUAUAUAUAUUUUUUUUUCUUUGUUCUUUAAGAAAUUGGUCUGAAUACUUUUGUUAUAUUUUUGGAAUUUUAAGGCUUUGAGUUCUGACUCUGGUAUUCAAAGUCUUACUUGAAGGGGGGAAUCUAAUUUCUAUUCAUCUUUUAUACUUUGUUUAAUAUUUCUUCUGGAAUUUUGCUCCGCUUUGGUAGAAAGUACAAAAUUUCCGAUUUUUUCAAGGAAAAAAAUUCUUGUAAUGAGUUUUGUUUGUUGAAUGAGUUGCAUUUACAUUUUCCUUCCAUUUUCCAAAAUUUAAUAAUAUGUGCCAUAUUAUACAAGCUAUCAUAGUUGUUCUGUUAUCAAUACAUAAAUACACUGUAUCAGUGGACAUUUCUCUCUGUACUGGUUAAGGAGAGCUGUUCGUACUUAAUGUUUCAUAGUUUAAAACCCACAGAAAACAGUCAUGUUUAAUUUGCACUGCUCUUUAAGAAACCUGAGAACAGGAAAGAUAAAUUCCUUUUGUCUGAAAUUACCAUAUACUACUACUCAGUCCUUUUUGUGGCAUUUUUACAUAAAAUCAAAUAAUUAUGUGUUUGGUUGACAAGAAUAGUGUGCUACAUGUAUAUUAUGCUCAAAUCCUGAAGGGGGUCUUAUCCAACCAAGCAUUCAGUGGAACAAAAAUAUUUUUACUUCAUUCAAAAGAUGCAAUUUUCAAGGGUUCUGUUAAAAUGUAAAUGUAGUUGGUGAUUGGUACAUAUUAGGUAACCUGAAGGACUGUUUAAGCUGUAAAAAUGUUCAAAGUUUUCAUGAUUAUAUUUUUCCUAAUAGCACUUAUAGUUACUAUGUUGUAGAUUCUGUUGUUUUUGUAAGCAAAAAUAAACUAUAUUAAGAAAAUUA